UAUAUAUUUUUCGUUUUUUUCUUGUGGUGCAUUUGCAAAAAAAAAAAACACUGAAUAUUCAAAAGUGUAACACACUAUAUAACCAAAAUUGAAUAGUGUGAAAAACUGGCAGUGAAUGCGCAUUCAUAGUUACCUGGAAUCGCCAUGAGAUUAGCAUUGAUAUUGGGCACUCUGAGUGCUCUUCUGUGCCUGGCCAGCGGAUUGAGCCAGUCGGAUCCGAGCAGUUCGAAGGGCAAUGGCUUUCCCAAAAAAGUGACCACCCUGAAGAAGCGUCCAACCAAAACGCCCACCACGGCGCCCAUUUCCAGCAGUAGCAGGGAAACCACUACGAAACCCAGUAAGCCACGCGUGAAGAUUGUCAAGUCCGCAGGCCCUAGCAGCACCAGGAGCACCACCAAAGUUCCGGCGGCCUUGACUGAGACAUUUGGCAAUCUGCCCGCCGAUGAUCUGGAGUUUAUCAAGGAACUGGACAAACAGUUCAAGCUCCAUGGCGACAAGAUCAAAAUCAAGGUGGAGAGGGAUAACUCCACUAGUGCUAGUGCUGGUGGCAAGAACAGCAAGCGAACCAUCGACGGUGAUUUGGGGUACGGCUACUCACAUGCUGGCUACGAUUACACGCCACCCAAGUUCAUGUUCUAUCCGUACUCGCAGCAUGACAUCCCCUCCGGCUUUGCCCAUCCGCAGCCACUGCCGGAGGAGCAGGAGGAGGAGCCACAGCAGCCGGCACAGCAGCAUCACCAGCAUCCAAGUCACGAGCAGGUGACCAGCGUGACCAUUGAACCUUCGUACUCGUACGAGCUAAAGCCCCAGACCAGCUAUGAAACGCAUCAGUCGCCAGCACAGCACACUGGCCCCGAACAGCCACAAAUUGAUCUGCCCCAGGAUGAGGCAAAGGGUUCAGGUGGUGGUGCAAGUGCUGGCUACCAGGAACCCGUCAUUGUGCUGCGAAUCCCGGGACCCGCCAAAUAUGCCGCCCAUUUGCAAACCCUUCUCCAGCAGUAUCUCGAGAUCAGAGCGGCCCAGUACCUCAGCUUGCUGCAGGAGGCAGAACAGCAGCAACAGCAGCAACACCACCAGCAACAUGUGGAUCCCCAGCCGCAAUAUGGACCACCAGAACCUGCCCAAUACCACCAAGAAGUAAGCUAUGCCCACCAGUUGGCACCCACGCCGGCACCCCUGCAAUAUGCACCCAUUGACGAUGUCUAUCAGAGCUACAAGGGGCGCCAUCAGCAACAGUUGCAGCUGCAGCAGCAGCAGCAGCAAUAUGAGCCGCAGCAAUACUAUGCACCCAUGAUGGACUAUCAGCAACCCACUCAGUUCUACUAUGCCCAGCCACAAUCUCAUCUACAGCAGCAACCGCAGCUCUAUCUAAUAGCAAUGGCCCAACCAGAACCAGAACCACUGCAGCAACAGCACAUGCACCAUCAGCAGCAGCAGCAACAUCAUCAUCAGCAGCAACAUCAACAGCCGAUAUAUGUGCCGGAAUCUGAUCCACCCACAGGUCCUGAGGGUCCGGAACAGGAAACCGAACCGGAGCACAGUCUACCCAUCACGGAGAACAAUCCACGACCAACCCACACAAAGGUCAUCUUCAAUCCCUAUCCCUAUCAACAACAGCAGCAGCAACACCAGCAACACCAUCAACACGAGCAACAUUUACAGGCGGAAGAGCAACAACAUUCUGACCUCGAGGUGGAGCAACAGCAGCAGCAAUCGGAGGGCGAACGUCCCUUCAACUACCAUGCCCAUGGACUCAAGAUGCGUCCGGGCAAGCGGGCAACUAAGCCCGAACCACUGGAACAGAUCAGGGAGUAUGUGAGGGAGAAACUGGGCGCCGAAAUGGGUUCGGCUGUAGAAUACAAGACAACGCAGCUGCUCGAGGGCUAAACUCCUGAUCCUGGGGGGAUGGGUUGUACACUAGAAAGAAUACAUUUACUGGCUGCAUAAAUUUAGAAAAAUAAAGCAAAAUCAAAAUCUAACGAAAUAAUUUUCCAACUUGACUCUGGGUUAAGUUUGAAAAUAUAUUAUUUGCAAGUGCCGCAAGCGCCUGCUUACAAAAAUAUGCUUUAUGAGAUGAUAACUUGCCUCACUUUGAGAAGCAUCACGAAGAAGAAAUUGGCUUCAGUACUGGGAAAAUAUAUAAGUUUAAAAUAUAUAUAUAUACACCCAACCAUUUUUGCAAGUGAUUUAAAAACGUUUAGAGAUUUCUGCGUCACUCUUUUGUAUUCAAUGAUAAGCGAAGUAGAUUUCGAAAAUCUCUAGAGAACUAUGCCUUAUUUUACUUCAGGAUAGGAUUCAUGUUUUUAAAAAAAGAUAAAGCAAACGUAACAAUAAAUUUUAAUACAAUUUGUUGAAACUAUAUUAAAUCUUGCCUAUACUUUUGACUUCACGUAUAAAUAUGUUUAUUUUGUUGUAACUUAAAAGUCCUUAAAUCUUGCCAAAGUAUUUUAUUAUGGGGCCACACUAAGAUCCAAUAUAUUUUGUUAAAAAUUCUCUAGAGGUUAUAGAAAGAAACCCCAAAUAAAAAUACAUCAAGCCAGUAGUAGUUUCCAGUGAUAUAGCAUCCCCCUAAAUGCUCGUAUUGUGAACACAAUUUGUGGUUGCUUCUUGUGCCUGAUAUAUCCGUUCAUUAGUAUUUAUUCCAAGUUGGAGGAAAGGGAAAGGGGAGAUCCUGGGGGCCAUCCUCCAGCUCCAAACUCAUCAUUUAAAACCGGUCCGCGAUCCUUAAACCACAAAGCAAAGGCAUAUUUCUUUGGGGACGACAGCAGCUUAAUGUUUCACAUUGUUUUCCCCCCUUUUUUUUUGGUAGAGAGGUGCAGAACUGGGCUUCAUCAAUCCGCACUUUCGCUUUUCAUUAUUUUGUACGACGUUUUUUUUAUUUUGUUUGUAUUGUUAACCAAGCAAAUGUGCUGCUGAUCAUGUGUGCAAUAUUUAGUCUGUAAAUAAAUGUGCUUUUUGACUUUACUUAUA